CGGCGCCGCCGCCGGUGCCGGUGCCGUCGGUGCCGCCGCGCAUGGUGGGGCGCAGCCCGCGGCGGGGCAGCCCCGCGCCCCCCGCGCCGCCCCCGCGCCGCCGCCGCCGCCCCGCCGCGAUGCGGGCGGCGGGGCGCGGGCAGCCCGCCUCCUGGCUCCUGGUGCUGGGCGCCGCCGCGCCCGCCCUCUGGCUGCGCUGCGUCCUCGCCGACUUCACGGUGGACAACGAGGUGCACUCGAGCUUCAUCCACCGGCGGCUGCGCGGCCCCGAGCGCCGCGAGAUGCAGCGGGAGAUCCUCUCCAUCCUCGGCCUGCCGCACCGCCCGCGGCCCCACCUCCACGGCAAGCACAACUCGGCGCCCAUGUUCAUGCUGGACCUCUACAAUGCCAUGUCGGUGGAGGAGGGGGCGGCGGGGGCCGCCGCCGCGGACGCGGAGGGCUUCUCCUACCCCUACAAGCCGCUCUUCAGCACGCAGGGGCCGCCGCUGGCCAGCCUGCAGGACAGCAACUUCCUCACCGAGGCCGACAUGGUCAUGAGCUUCGUCAACCUGGUGGAGCAUGACCGCGAGUUUCACCAUCAGCGCUGCCACUACCGCGAGUUCAGGUUUGAUCUCUCCAGAAUCCCGGAGGGGGAAGCGGUGACCGCUGCCGAGUUCAGGAUAUAUAAGGAUUACAUCCGUGAGCGCUUUGAUAACGAGACGUUCCAGAUUAGCGUCUACCAGGUACUCCAGGAGCACCCGGGAAGGGAUUCAGAUUUGUUCCUGCUUGACUCUCGAACAAUCUGGGCUGCAGAAGAAGGGUGGCUCGUGUUUGAUAUUACUGCAACCAGUAAUCACUGGGUGGUGAAUCCACAGCACAACCUCGGCCUGCAGCUCUCCGUGGAAAGCAUAGACGGGCAAAGCAUCAAUCCCAAACUGGCUGGUCUUAUCGGGAGGCACGGCCCGCAGAACAAGCAGCCCUUCACGGUGGCCUUCUUCAAAGCCACGGAGGUUCAUCUCCGCAGCAUCCGCUCCACCGGCGGCAAGCAGCGGAGCCAGAAUCGAUCGAAAACGCCAAAGAACCAGGAAGCUUUCCGGGUCUCCAACAUGGCAGAGAACAGCAGCAGUGACCAGCGGCAAGCCUGCAAGAAGCACGAGCUCUACGUCAGCUUCAGGGACCUGGGGUGGCAGGACUGGAUCAUCGCUCCAGAGGGCUACGCUGCCUAUUACUGUGAAGGAGAAUGUGCUUUCCCGUUGAAUUCAUACAUGAACGCUACAAAUCAUGCCAUUGUACAGACACUGGUUCACUUUAUAAACCCAGAGACUGUGCCGAAACCCUGCUGUGCUCCUACACAACUCAAUGCCAUCUCAGUGCUCUACUUUGACGACAGCUCCAAUGUUAUCUUAAAAAAAUACAGGAACAUGGUGGUACGAGCAUGUGGCUGUCAUUAGAUUUGUAGGAAGGGGGGGGGGAAGUUAUUUGUAAAGAAUGUUUUUUUUGUACGGAUACGUGGUGGGGGGGAAAAAAGGUUAGAACUCCAGCAGUGGACUUAAAAAUCCCAAACAGUUUUUAGGACUCGGCUUCUGAAGGUUCAGACAAUGGAGCCAGUUCUGGAUCUAAGCGGCGUUUGAACACAUUUUGUUUUAGUUUGUUAUAGACAAUAAGCUUGUAAACUGAAACAAGCCAGAGAAACCAUUUAAACCCAAAUCUGCCUUAAAAGUUGGCUCCUACGAGACAUACUUCUGCAAAUGAGUCUUUCUGAAGAUUGCAAACUCACCAGUGUUCAUUGUGAAUUAAAAAUAAUAAUCUAUCCAAGGUGAGAAUGUGGUGUGACUAAUAAGCAUGUGUAGUUCCUGUAACACAGUUUGCAAUAAAAUAAGUGAACAAAAUAUACCUGGAGUGAACAGGUAUUUUGUUAGAGAAUUAUUACUUCCACUCCUCUGUUUAUUUCAAUCUCAUAAGCAGAAGCAAAGACUAAUUACAUGCAACUUCCAGUGCUAGACGGCAGUAGCAAAAGCUGUAGCUGGAUUGAUUCAAGUUCAAAGGACAAAUAAGUGUGAAAAGACUCCUAAAUUUUCAAGCAAAAGAAUGGAAGAAAAUAAUUCCAAAGAACAACAGGUAUAAUUUUUGUCAACAGGAAAAAUAAAGUUACUCUAGGCACCAGUAGGAGUUUGCUCUGAACUUUAAACAGCAAAGCAGCAAAACGUUAGAAAACGGUGAUUAAACUGAACAUUUAGCUGGGGCAUCCUAAACGCUUUUGGAGUUGUGAAAGACGGCAAAAAAUUCUGCUCCUGUUUGGACAAUAUCCAUCGACUUCAGUAACUGCCAGGACAAGUUCCAACACUUUUGGGAAAACAUGGAGACUCGGGCGCAGGAGGUCCCGUGAGCCGCGCCGAGCACCCAGCACCGUGCAGACUCAGUGAGACACCAAACGGAGAACCUUAGUUCCCGGGGUCAAUAUUUUCUGUAAAAAUCCUGCUGCAUUAUCAGUUUCACCUCUUAAAAAAAAAAAAAACAAAAAAAACAAAAAACAAAAGAACCCCCAACCUUUUGAAGAGCCACAUCAGCUAGCUGGAACCAGAGCAAGACAACAUCCCCUCAAGGCUUUUUUUCCCCCCACUUUUCUUUUAAAGUCACAGGUUACACAAGUCUCAUUUAUGUAAUUAAAACACAAUUAAAGUUUUUGUGAUGAGAAUAGAGUAGCAGUAACCAAUCACAAACCAAUUUGAAACUUUGGCAUACUUUGCAAUUACAGAAGUAGGAUUGAUAUAAAUUGCCCCGGGGAGACAAAAGGAAAAUUCUGUCCAAUAAAUCAUCAGGACUUCAGCGUACCUAACUCUAGAUCUCCAAACUUCAAAAACAGAAACCUCCCGGAGGCAGGUCCAGAAUACGACGGGGCCCCGGGCUCGCACCCCGCGCGGGAACCUGGCUCGUAGCCUUCCUCGGAGGGAGACUAGCGCAAGAAGAUAAAUGAAGGGAACCAUACGAUUCUGGAAAUCAGUCGCUAUUCUUCUUCCUUUAAGUCACUGUUCAAAUCCAGACCAGAUGCCUCACUUAAAUAUAGUAAGAAAAAAAAAAUUGCCAUCUACGAAGUAAAUUGGAAACUUGUUUCUGUCCUAACGUCAUUUAAGUCGAUGGGUGUUUUCCUGCUAGCAGGACCAAGCGUGGGGGAUGCUGAAACCCGUUGUGGUGCGGGCAGGUUUCGGAGCGGCCCCGGAGGGCCGGUGCCGGGGGGCCCUGCCUCGCCGGAGGGGCCCGAGCACCCCGGUGCUGCCCGGGGCUUCCUGCCUCGCCUGGGCUCAGACCACGGCCGAAGAGCUACCAAGGGCCACGCGCCACGACAGCGGUGCCAGCCAAAAACCCAGCUCUGCCCGGAGUCGGUAGACAAGACCCUGCGGGAUGAACAGCCCUGCUAAACCUGCCCUCGAUGCGCCAAGAGCAAGCGGGUCUCACGGACGGGAAGGGUCUUGCGGCAUUACACGCGUCCACGCACCAGUGCUCCUGUAAACCGCCUCAAGGAAGAGAAGGUGCUGCCUAGAAAGUUAAACUCAUCAGCCCUAAACUUCCACUAUUUGGUAGUCAAGGAUUAGUUUUUCUCACAGGUGUUUCAGUGUUGGUGGUCGCUGAACUGGUGUAUUGCGGUUUUAACUGGGACCACACUAUCUUGCUGUAUAGGAUUCAUAUAUUAAAUAUUAUGUGGGGACUGUUUUGGGUUUUUUUUUCCUUUAUAUACAUAAUAACAGGAUUUCUGUUGCUAGGCUUGACAUCAGCUUCACUGUUUGUACAUUUUUAUGUAAAUAGUUGUCACAAAAGCGGAAGAAGAAUUAUUUAUUUCCAUCUCUGAAUUCCUUUUCAAUCACAUCCAGGAAAAAUGAUUCUCAGCUCCUAAACACAUUUGUUUCCUUAUUUAAAAGAUAUUUAUUAACAGUUGGCAAAAAUGCAUACACAUUUCUGGUUCUUUUCAUAGAGCAGUUGUCAGAAGCCUUUUGUACAGACCAGUAAAAUAAAUCCUUGCAACUUUACAAAAGAUAUACUAACAA